CCUGUUCGAUACUCCUACAACGUCAAUCUCACCCUUUCUUCAGUCAUUUUUUGUAUUGUUCCGCAUUUCUUGAAUUCCUCUGCAUUUGUGCUUGGCGUAUACCUCCCACAAUGUUUUCCGGUUCGAGUGCCUAUCUAGGCGGCGGGAACAGCGCUCGACCAAACCAGCCUCCCUACGGCCAACAGCAACCUCCGUUCCAACAGCAGCCCCAACAGCAGCCCGGUAACUUUGGCCCACAGCCUACCGGAUUCAGCGGACAAUCGCUACAGUCUCAAUAUACCGGGUUUCCAGGCCAGCAGCAACAAGGUGCUCCGCAACAACCUCCUCCGCAACCCCAAUUGCAGCAGCAGUACACGGGUUUCCCGGGUCAGCAGGGCCAGCAGGGCCAGUCCUUCCAAACCGCUCCGCAACAGCCGUUCCAGACCGGACAACCCGGAUUUGGCCAAAAUGCUCCUCCACAGCAGUCUCUCCAGGCCCCAGCGGCGCCGCAGAUGCCGCAACAGACGGGGAUGACAUCGAAUCAGAUGGCGGAUUCGUUCCUCUCGAAACAAGCUCAGACGGCUUCUCCGGCCCCUUCGGCAGGACUGAAGUCAAAGAUCCCGAACAUCCGGCUCUCUUUCAUUACUUCGGAGGAUCAGGCGAAAUUCGAGCAGCUGUUUAAAUCCGCGGUUGGGAACGAGCAGUCCUUGAGUGGCGACCAAGCAAAGGAUCUUCUGAUGCGUUCGAACUUGCCAGGAGAGGAUCUGGCGAAUAUAUGGACAAUAGCCGAUACCACCAAAUCGGGUCGGCUACUCUUUCCAGAGUUUGCCCUUGCCAUGUACCUCUGCAACCUUAGGAUCGUUGGCAAGCCCCUCCCCACAACUUUACCCGACCGUAUCAAGAACGAAGUAUCUAGUAUGGUCGAUAUAAUCUCCUUUGGGGUGCCGGAUGACGCGCCUCAGCCUUCCUCGCGAACGAAUGCACCAAGCUUCGACGGUCCGCUUCGCCAGACCAACAUGUCUCCGCCAACCAUUCAGCAGCCUCAGCCUCAGAAUCAAUCCAACCAGCAGCUUCUGAAUCAGUUGACUGCUCAACCGACGGGAAUGAUGCCGCAGAUUCCAGGGUACCCAGCCCCGAACAAUAUGCAGAACCAGCAAUCGAUGGGAGGGCUUCAACCGCAGGCGACGGGUUUCCCUGGUCAAACGCCAGGCCAGGGCUAUACUGGACCAAGACCGCCAAUGCCACCGAUGCCAACUGGCUUCGGCUCAAAUCUCGGCCCUCAACCGACAGGAAUGGCUGCUCCGCUAAACGCCCAACCUACCGGAAUACCAGGUCAAUGGGGUCUUGCCAACAACCCGGCCACAGGCCUUCCCAACAUCGAUACCCUUCAGCAGCGUAUGAUGCCGCAAUCUGGCCGUGAAGGUGGAUUCACCACGCAAGGGCUUCGUGGCAACGCGACGGUGCCAUGGGCGGUGACUAAGGGCGAAAAGAAGAUCUACGAUGACUUGUUCAAGGCAUGGGAUGGCUUCGGAAAAGGAUACAUCACUGGCGAGCAAGCCAUUGAGAUUUUUGGGCAGAGUGGCUUGGACAAGCCGGACCUCGAACGUAUCUGGACCCUUUCAGAUUCGAAUGACAGAGGGCGUCUGAACAUGGACGAAUUCGCGGUUUCCAUGCAUUUGAUUUACCGCAAGUUGAAUGGCUAUCCCGUACCAAACCGACUGCCAGCGGAGUUGACGCCACCAUCCACCCGAAAUUUCAGCGACACGAUCGGCUCGAUGAAAUCUCUGCUUGCGCGAGAUGCCGAGGAGCGCAAGAGCUCAGGGGCGUUCCUCCAGCCACAAAAGACUGGAGUCAGCUACUUGAAGUCGCAAUCGUUCCGUGGAGGUAGUCCUGGGGUUGCAGGACGGAAGGACGCCACGGUGUUUAAGAAUAACGACGAUCAUGUCGGGUAUAAAUCGAGUGCUCGGCAUCGUAUCGGUGCUGGUGGCCGUUCACCAUCCCCGGCACAACCAGGAUCGCCGGUCUCGUCAAUUGAAGAGUUUUCUAAUGAGCAACUCAAGAAAUUGAUCCGUGAGAAACAGGUUCUUCUCGAUGCCAUCGACUUUCGCGAUGAGAAUCAAGCCGAGCAAGACGAGGCGCUGGACCGAAAGGACCGACGCGACGCCGAUGACCUCUAUCGACGCAUUCGUCGCCUUCAAGAAGACAUUGACACCCAUCCGAAUGCGUUUGUCCGCUCCGGAGACUCGAGUGCCGAGCGACGAACGAUGAAACGUCAGUUGCAAAACCUGACCGACCGGCUACCAGAGCUCGCAUCCAACGUCCGGCGAACCGAACGCGCAAUAGCGGACGCGCAGCUGGAGCUCUUCCGGCUGAAGGAUGCAAAGGCCCAUCCCGGCGCAGCUGCUGCCAUCUUUGGGACGGGGCCCGGUGGCGCGAUCACGGAGUCUGACCGGUUGAAAGCGAAGGCCAAAGCGAUGAUGCAGCAGAGGUCAGCGGUAUUAACCGGCCGACCCGUAGCAUCGGGCGGUGACGAGUCCGAAGCUGCCGCGAGAAGAUUGGAGGAAGAAAGCUCGAAGGUGAGAACCGAGAGAGAGAAUAACGAACGCAUGGUCAGGGACGUGGAAGAUUCUGUCGGCGAGUUUGGUAAGAGUCUGGAAGGAUCCCUAAAAGAAGGCGCAGAAGAUUCUAGUACGGAGCAUGAGCGCCGUAGGUGGGGGGAUGGACUUGGUGUAGAAGAUGAAGUGCGUGAUUUUAUCUACGAGUUGCAACGGGAGAGCCGAUCUACGAGGAUUCGGAAAGAAGACUCUCGACGAGACCACGGUAGCCUCUCUGAUGGACCACCCCGAGCAACGGAAUCUCGUCAUCCCACAACAUCCCGCUAUGAGAGUCCUGCCAAAUCCCCCGAGCCGACUCCGUCUCCUGCGCCCUCGGCUAGUAGCACCGGGGGGACAUACUCAUCUUAUAAGUCUCCCGAGGAGCGCGCAGCAUUCAUCAAGCAACAAGCCGAACAGCGCAUGGCCGAGCGAUUGGCUGCCCUCGGGCUUCGACCCAAACCGACGCCUUCUCCCACGGCGGAGACUGCGCAGCAGCGUGCCGAGCGAGAACGAAAGGAGCGCGAAGAUCGCCUUCGUCAAGCUGAGGCUGAAGAUACUAAGCGUGAGGAAGAACGACAGCGCAGACUGCAGGAUGAGGGCGGAGUGCCUCCUCCGGCGACCAAGCCAGCUGCUGGGAAGAAGCCGCCGCCUCCGCCGUCGCGGAAAGGGAAAGUGGAUACUACGCACGCGGAGGCGGAAGCUAAGCGAGCGGAGCAGGAGGCAGCUGAGAAGGUGUUGCGUGAGGAGCAUAAUGCUCAAGAGAUUGCGCGGAAGGAACUUGAGGAGGAAGCACGUAAGCAGGAAGACGAGUUCGCGCGGGAGCGAGAGGCUGCCCAGGAGCGGUUGCGUGCACUUGAGGAGCAAGUGAGGCAAGGCAAGCUAAAGAAGGAAGAGGAGAAAAAACGCCGUCAUGCUACUCAACGCGAUGCCAAGGAGAAAGAAGCUCGAAUGGCAGCGCAACGAGCCGAGAUUGAGGCGGCAAAGGAGCGAGAGCGACAACUUCAGUUGCAGCUUCAGAACAUGGGCGACGAGGACUCCUCUGACGACGAAGGGCCGCAAGAACUGACCCCACAAGACACAACGCCUACCGUCAGCCAAGAGCUCCCGCGACAGAUUUCUCCGCCAGCCGCACCCCCACUCUCCAUCCCGCAGCAAACCAGCCCGCCUCCCUCCUCUAUCAGCAGCCCGCCAUCCGUCACCAGUCCCCCGGUCACGGACACCGAGACGCGCAACCCGUUCCUCAAGAAAAUGGCGCAAGACAGCAACCAAACCACCACCCUCACCUCCACCCCCUCCUCCGAACUCGCCUCCAUCCUCUUCGGCACCAUGGGUCCCCCGCGCCCGCUAUCCGCCACUGACAACAAGGGCUCCCGCCCGGACUCGCCCGCUAUCACCGUGUCGUCGCCGCCGCCGCCGCCCGGACCGCCUCCGCCGCCGAUGGGAGGGGCGCCGCCUCCGCCCCCGCCGGGAGGGCCUCCGCCGCCCCCAAUGGGAGGACCUCCCCCACCACCGAUGGGAGGGGCACCGGCACCGUCGAUGGGGGGAGCGCCGGAUCGGGGGGCGUUGUUGGGGCAGAUUCAAAAGGGGAAGGGGUUGAAGAAGGUGGAGAUGAAGGAUCGGAGUCAGAGUGCAGUAGCGGGGAAGGUGUUGUAGGUAGAGGGUGAUCGGGUGAUGGGGAUGGAUGACGAGGUAGGAUAGUAGGGGUUUAUGGUUGGUGGGUGUGGUGUUAUGGGGGAGCGGAAGUGCAGCGAGGGAGAAGUUUCUUCUGAUUAGUAGAUAGUUUAAUGCAUAUCUUGGUUUUUUCCUAGC